AUGUUUCAUUUUUUUCUAGCCUGUGGGUGCAAGAGCGAGUACUCUCUAGGAUUCGGCUGCAAUGCUCAAACAGGCCAGUGUGAAUGUCUUCAGGGAGUGGUAGGAGAGAAAUGCGACCAGUGUCCAUACAGAUGGGCGUUUGUACCUGAAGUAGGCUGCCAUGCAUGUGACAGCUGUCAUCACGCGCUGUUGAAUGAUACCGACGAAUUGGCUGCUAUGAUUGAUCCAGUUAUAUUUGAGUUCGAUUUGAAAGAUAUCGACCCUAAACAAAUUAGUUUGGACGAGACGAUACAAGAACUCGAAAGCUUGGAACAGGACACCAAAAACCUUAACAGAAAGUCGAACUACUCGUUGGAAAAUAGCGAACAGCUCAAGAACAAAUCUGACGAAUUGAAAGAUACACUCGAGAUACUGCUAGACGAUAUCAAUACCAUUGAGGAUGUUGCAACAAUGACGAUAGAUGAUAUUAAUACCAUCACCAUGCAGUUGACCAAAGAAACUGGUAAGCACCCUAGAACAAGUAAUACAUUUUCUUACGAAAAUAAUUAAAUCGAUCAGUGCAAAAACCUCGUAAGUCCUAUAAUUUGAGUGCUCCAGGAAACAAUACAAACUGUCACUGACACUUAAACCAGUUUUAGAGUACUUUACACUGUGUCAGCUCUUGAACUGGAUAACUAGUAACUGAUCUGGUAGAUCUCAGGUGGGAAGAUAU